AUGAAUACCAAUCUGGUCAUUUUUGUCAAUGGACAGAAGAUUGUAAAGAAGAAUGUCAGACCAGAGACAACUCUUUUACAAUUUCUUAGAAAGGAUUUAUUCCUGUCUGGUACCAAAUUAUCAUGUGGAGAGGGAGCCUGUGGAUCUUGUACAGUUAUGGUAUCCAGCUACAAUUCCAGCAGCAAACAAAUUAGGCACUACAGUGUAAAUGCUUGUCUGAUGCCUCUAGUAGCUGUACAUGGUUUAGCUGUGACUACAGUUGAAGGGAUAGGUAGCACAAAAACCAAGCUACACCCUGUACAGGAGCGCCUGGCAAAAGCAUAUGGCAGCCAAUGUGGAUUUUGUUCUCCUGGAUUUGUGAUGUCAAUGUACACGUUACUACGCAACUAUCCAGAACCUUCCAUGGCUCAGAUAGAGACUGCAUUCCAAGGUAAUCUGUGUAGGUGCACUGGCUAUCGAGCUAUUCUAGCUGGAUUCAGAACCUUCAGUAAGGAAUGGACUUGUGAAGAAGGAGAAAAUUGUUGUCAGAACCAAACCCUCUCUGACACUGGAUACAAUGCUUGUUCUAAAACAUUUGAUGCCAGCGAGUUUGCUGUGUAUGAUCCGACACAAGAUCCUAUCUUCCCCAGUGAACUUCAGUUGGAUGCAACCUACCAAACCAAAAGCAUCUGUUUCAAGAGUUCAAAUGUGGAAUGGUAUCGACCUAAUAGCCUGGAUGAAGUGUGUCAGUUGAAGCAACAAUAUCCAAAUGCAAUUUUCACUGUUGGGGCAACAAGUGUAGGAAAAUCCAUACGUAACAGUCAAAGUAAGAAGGUGUUUAUUUGCCUGACUAAUGUACAAGGCCUUGACAACAUGACAAUCACUGAUGCAUGUAUAGAGAUAGGAGCAACAGUCACACUUGCAUUUCUGUUGGAAUAUAUUGAACACCAAGCUACUGAAUCCAAAGGUUUUAAGAAAGCUGGCCUGGAGUCUAUCUUAGACAUGUUACAUCAAGUUGGUGGACACCAGUUGAGAAACGUGGCUAGUGUUGGUAGUAACAUUGCAAGCGGGGGAUCUACAUCUGACAUCUGUACAAUGAUGAUAGCUAUUGGAGCAAGAGUGGAUUUAUAUAAUGUAUCAAACAAAUCUACCGAGAGGAGAACUGUGUCAGAUUUGCACAAAGACGAUGGAACGUCCGCUUUACAACCCAGUGACUUGAUUACUUUUGUAUAUAUUCCAUUUAUGGAAAACGACGAAUAUCUAUAUUGGCACAAACAUGCAGAAAGGACCGACUUGAACUAUGCCACUGUGAACUCUGCAAUGAGAGUGAAGCUUGAUCCUGAUUCAAACACCAUCAAGGAUUUGGUUUUAUGCUAUGGUGGUGUUGGACAUGGAAGUAUUGUCGCUACGCAAGUUAGGGAAAAGACAGUUGGAAGAGAAUGGGCAGAUGAUUUGGUGGCAUUCGUGAGUGGUCUCCUGGGAGAGGAACUUAAUGUAACAUUGCCCCCUGUUGGUGGAAGCACCAACUACAAGAGAUCUCUGACAGUCGGCAUUUUCUUCAAAUUGUUCUCUAGACUUCAGUCAACUCUUCACAAUAUACAGAGUAAAAUUGUUCACGAUAUGUCAAGUGUAAGACAAAAAACAUUGAGUAGUGCAAGUCAGAUAUUUGAGACUUUGCCCAUUGACCAGGAUGGAAUCGAUCAUGUGGGUCAACCAGUUGUACAUAAAUCUGCCCUCCAACAGGCAAGCGGGGAGGCUGUUUACUGUGAUGAUAUUCCUACAUACAAUAAUGAGCUUCACAUUGCUCUGGUAAUUGGGAACAGAGCCCAUGCAAAGAUACUUAGUAUUGAUGCCUCUAAAGCCGAGAGAAUGCCUGGUGUUAAAGGCUUCCUAAGUUAUAAGGACAUACCGAAUCAAGUACAUGGAAAUAUAACAACAGAAUUUAUAUUCGCCAAAGACAAGGUAUUGUACCAUGGUCAUACUAUUGGUGCUAUCGUAGCAGAUACACUAGAACAAGCUAUGGCAGCCAGGCAGUAUGUACAUGUAGACUAUGAAGACCUUCCAGCUGUUAUUGAAUUGGAGACGGCUAUUAGUGAGAAACUCUACCUACCAAAUCCAAAGGUGUUACAAGCAGGAGAUAUGGAGCUUGGAUUCAAAGAAUCUGAUUUGAUAUUUGAAGGGGAAAUAUCUAUGGGAUCGCAAGAGCAUUUUUAUAUGGAACCACUGUCCAGUAUUGCACUUCCUAUUGGAGAGGCAGGGGAGAUAGAUAUCACCGUAACAUCACAAAGUCUCAUCGAUAUUCAGGCGAUGGUCAGCCAAAUGCUUGAUGUACCCAAAAACCGUGUUAAAUGCCACGUGAAAAGAUUGGGUGGAGGAUUUGGAGGAAAGGCUCAAUGUACUGAGCAAUUCCCCUUAAUUAGUGCUUUGGCAGCUACCAGAUUCAACAGGCCAGCACGACUCACUCUUGAUCGUGAAACAGACAUGAGAACAACUGGUAAAAGGAACAGAGCACAUGCGAAGUACACGGUUGGGUGCACUAAGAGAGGCAAGAUACUGGCACAUGAAGUUGAGCUUUACAUUGAUGGUGGCUUUUUGGACACAUUGACUGCACCGUUCAUGCCAUUCUCAUUGUUAAUUGCGGUGUGUGAUCAGGGGUAUGCAUUCAAUAAUGUGAAAGUUACGGGCUAUACCUGUGAAACCAACACCAAUCCUGGGGUACCAAUGCGAGGGUCUAUUUACAUACAACCGCUCAUCUUGACACAAGCCCUGAUUAAUGAUGUUGCCAGUAGGCUUGGGUUACCAAUUGAACAAGUACACAAAGUGAACAUGCUGCAAAUUGGUGACUUGGCACCUCUUGGACGUGAACUACCUGACGUACAUACCAUGCAUAAAUGUUGGCAGAGAUGCCUAGAAAGUAGCAGAUAUAUGGAGAAAAGGAAAAUGGUCGAAGAAUACAAUCGGAAAUCAAAGUGGAGCAAACGGGGCUUGUAUAUAAUUCCUACAACGAGAGAUUCACUUCCACCAUUAUAUGGAUUGUGUCAGGGUGGAGCUCUGGUGAACAUUUACACCGACGGCUCUGUUUGGGUUAACCAUGGCGGAGUUGAAAUGGGACAAGGACUCCAUACGAAACUAAUACAGAUUGCUAGUAAAGUUCUAAAGGUUCCACAGGAUGUCAUCCAUAUAACGGAAACAACCACGAACUGUGUUCCAAACGCACCUAUGACUGCGGGAAGUAUGGGUUCUGAUGUGUUUGGGAUGGCAGUUAAGAAUGCCUGUGAGAAAUUAAUGAAGAGACUCGGCCCAUAUAAGGCAGAAAAUCAAAACGGACAAUGGAAAGAUUGGGUUCUUGCAGCAUACAAUGAUUGUACGAGCCUCUCUGCAACAGGGUUUUACUUCCACCCUAAGGAGAACCACUGGGAUUUGGAAAAGCCACGUGAGGGCAACUUCAGCAAGUAUUACUUAUAUGGGGCUGCAGCUGUUGAGGUUGAGGUAGACUGCCUCACUGGAGCACACCGUGUGAUACAAGUCGAUGGUGUGAUGGACUUUGGUAGAAGUUUGAACCCUACCAUAGAUAUAGGCCAGAUGGAGGGAGCCUUCAUUAUGGGAUAUGGAUGUUUUGUAUCAGAACAAGUAGUAUACGAUAAUAAGGGUAAAUUGCUUACAAAGGACGCAACUACAUACAAGAUUCCUGGUGUCAGAGAUAUACCCACUAAGUUCAACAUGCAGAUUUUAGCAAGUCAUAGUGACGAGGCAGUUCUCUAUGGAUCUAAGGCUGUUGGGGAGCCCCCUCUACACAUGAGUAUUGCUGCAAUGUUUGCCAUUAAGGAUGCCAUAGCAGCAGCUCGUAAAGAUGCAGGAAUAGAGGGACCUUUCCAACUUAACUGUCCAGCUAAUGCAGAGCAGAUUCACACACUAUGCUCAACCAAAAUAAAUAUUUAA